CAAAUUUGGUGUAACCUUCCUCCGUACAACUGCAUAAUGAAAAGAAACAGAAUAUUUAUAAAUAAAUACAAAUAUUUCAUCCGUCGAAUUCUUCCAUUGCUCUUCAGCAGAUCAACGUCAGAAGGGGAUCAAUUUGUAGAGACCUUAAGAGAUGGAGAUUGAUAGAGCAAUCAAAGAGUGUGAGGAUAGAAGGCUAAAAACCAAGUACCGCAAUGCUAUUUAUGUGAUCAAAAGAGCUCUUGCUCUGUAUUCUGUAGAAGAUGUUGCAUUGAGCUUCAAUGGAGGGAAAGAUUCUACUGUUUUGUUUCACCUGCUUAGGGCGGGAUAUUACUUGCAUGAAAGUGAGAAAUGUCAUUCCAAUGGGGAUGUUGGUUAUGGUGAUAUGCCAUUUCCGAUAAGGACAAUAUAUUUUGAGAGCCCAUCUGCUUUUCCAGAAAUUAACUCUUUCACUUAUGAAAUUGCAGCAACUUACAAUUUGACAAUGGAUAUUAUUCGCCUAGAUUUCAAAUCUGGGUUGGAGACUCUACUUAAGGCUAAUCCAAUUAAAGCUAUUUUUCUAGGUGUUCGAAUUGGUGAUCCUACUGCGGUAGGUCAGGAGCAAUUCUCACCCAGCUCACCUGGCUGGCCAUCCUUCAUGAGGGUGAAUCCAAUUUUGGAUUGGUCUUAUAGAGAUGUAUGGGCUUUCCUAUUGACUUGUAAAGUUCGCUAUUGCAGCCUUUAUGACCAAGGGUAUACGUCCAUUGGUAGCAUCCAUGACACUGUACCCAAUGAAUUGCUUUGUGUUAACCAUCCUGACAAUAAUGGAGAAAAAUUCAAACCGGCAUAUUUACUCCAAGAUGGAAGGUUGGAAAGAGCUGGAAGAGUGAAGAAAUAUUCUUCCCCAGUAUCUGCUAAAAACCCAUGUCUUAGCAAUGGUUUGAAAAGUGAAGAUUCAAACAAGAAAGUCGUAUUAACUGCCUCAAUAGUUGGUGUUGGUGAUGAGAUUUUAUUUGGCAAUGUUGAGGACAAGUUGGGUUCUUCAUUGUGCAAAAAGCUCCAUUCAAUUGGGUGGGCUGUCUCUCAUCUUGCUGUAACUCGUAAUGAUGUAGACUCUGUUUCUGAGGAAGUGGAGAGGAGAAAAUCUACAAAUGAUAUGGUGUUCAUCUAUGGAGGGGUUGGGCCCUUGCCUUCAGAUGUUACUGUAGCAGGAGUUGCAAAAGCUUUUGGUGUCCGUUUGGCUCCUGAUGAAGAAUUUGAAGAAUAUCUGAGGCAUAUCAUUGGCGAAAAAUGCACUGGGGAUAAGAAUGAGAUGGCACAGUUGCCUGAGGGUAUAACGGAAUUGCUGCAUCAUGAUCUAUUGGAGGUUCCUUUGAUCAAGUGCCAUAAUGUGAUCAUUCUCAAUGCAUCAAAUGUCACUGAACUGGACAAGCAAUGGGAUUGUUUAAUUAAAUUGACAAAAUCUCAUGGUCUCUUUGCGAUAGCAGACCCAUUUGUUUCGAAACAAUUGGAAACAACUCUUUUGGACAUGGAAGUUGCUCAACCUUUGUCAAAGUUGUGUCUUCAGUUUCCAGACAUUUACAUCGGUGAGUAUCGAAAAUCAAGGCAAGGCCAUCUUGUGAUUAGACUCGAAGGGAAGGAUAGAAAGCGGAUAGAAGCGGCCGCACGAGAAUUGUGCCAGAAUUUCCCACCAGGUUCAUUCUCCAGCGUAGAUUGAGUUUGAGUUGGGUUCGAAAUCAACCAUUUCACAGUCAGUAACCAUUCCAACACACCAAUAGCUUACUUGAAGGACAUUGGGAGAUGGGAGGGGAAAAAAGAGGAAAAUAGAGACACCAUUAAUUACAAUGAAGGUUCACAUAUACUACAAAUGUUGUAAGAGCUUCCAAACUCUAUAUUUGUACUCUGAGAAGUAUUUCCUAACUCUGAUGAAAUAAGAAGUUAGGAUGAUGAAACCUCAAAGUAGGCCAAAUGUCAGGUAUUUAUGUGACCAUUCUU